AUGGAGAAGGCAGGCUUUGGGGGCGGGGGGAUGAAAAGUGGCGGCAGGGCUGUGGAGUGUGAAAACGUCACCGCCUCUUUCGGGGCCGAUGCCCCCGCCGACCCGCUCCUGCUCAAGCUGCUGCGCCUGGCCCAGCUCUGCCUCGAGUACCUGCUCCACUCCCAGGACUACCUCAGCGCCCAGCUCCGCGCCAGCCAAGAGCUGCUGCGGGCCGCCGACGCCCACCGGGACCUCCUGGCCAAGGACGUGGCCCGCGGGGCUCAGGAGAUGCGGCUCCUCAAGGAGGAGUGCAAGCGCCGCAAGAAGAUGAUCGCCACCCAGCAGAUGAUGCUCCAGGCCGGGGCCACCUACCACCAGUGUCAGUUUUGUGACAAAGCUUUUAUGAACCAUUCCUUCCUGCACAGUCACUUGCAGCGUCGCCAUGCAGAAGAAACACACAUUGCAAAUCAGAAGAAAAGUCCACAGACAGAUAAAUUAGAGGAAGAGAUCAACAAGCUAAAGGAACAGUUACAACUUACCAAGUCUCAAUUAGAAGCUGAGCAACAUGCCCACGUUGUCAAACUGACUAAGGAAUAUGAGGAACACAGAUCGAAAGAGGAGGAGAUUCGGCAGUUAUUUCACAAGUGGAAAGAAGAGGAAAAAGAAAAAUUGGCCACUGAGCUAGAGAAGGUCAAAGAUAUGUUUAUGAAGGAGUUUAAAGAGUUGUCAGCAAAGAAUACAGAAUUAGAAAAUCACUUAUUGGAAGUACAGAAGUCAAACAAACACCUAAAAUCCAAUUUAGGUACAUUAAAGGAUAGCAGAGAAUUUGUAGAAGAGAAACAUCGGAAUGCUGUAGAUCAGCAGACCAUAACAGAGCUUCUUGAGAGACAGGAAACUAAAUGGACUUCUAAAAUACAAGCUGUUCAAGAAGACCAUGAAAAUGAAAAACAGCAGGUUGCAGUUUUAGGAGUGUGUUCUACUGAAUACAGUAUCCUUUGCUUCUGUAAAACAAUAUGUCUCACAUCACAAAUUGAGAAACUGAAAGCAUCAAUGGGUGAGGCACUCAAUGCAAGCAACAGCUUCUAUAAGAAGAGAAUAGAAGAAUUAGGACAGAGUCUUCAAGAGCAAAAUGAUCUCAUAAUUGCACAAAAGUAUCAGAUACAAAAACUGGCAUCAAGAAAAUCAGUAGAAAGCAUCAAGUCGUCUGGUGUGCAAACUUCAGCACAGAAUAUUGUUCAGCCUAAAUCAAGUCUGCCAUCUGCCAUUGUUCAGCCUAAAUCAAGUCUACCAUCGAUGCGUGAACAGGCCCCCUUGGUGCACAUGCUGGAGCCCAUACAGGAGCUUCCAGAGGAGGAAAAAGAAAAGGAGAAACAUUCACCAAGAAUAGAGAGGAGCAAGCAUGUAAUAAGUACACUGAAGAGCAAUCCUUCUUUAACAAAAGAGCUGAGAGUUGUUUUGGAGCAGACUUUAGCAGAGAAGUUGGAAUCCUUGGGAAUCAAAUCAGGCGUUCGUGGCAUCCCAAGUGAUCAUUUGAGUAGAGUCUUAGAGUCUGUUGAAUCUGCUAGAGAAGAGAGAAAGAAACAAGUUCCCAACAUUCAGCAUAUCCGAGAACAGCUUGAACGGCAAGUCAGCUUCAGAGUUGCAGAAAGAGCAUCUUGCAGCCGGCUUCUUUCCAGCCCUCAUCUUUCAUCAGUUCAACAGAGGAGAGCUCACAUAGGAGGUUCCUUAUCCACAGUGUUAACAAAGCCAGUAAAACGUUCUUCCAUUGCCAAACGUCAGCCCGUAAAAAGAGCAAUUGCUGUUGAGAACACAUCCACACCAAAAAGCAAAAACAGUGUUUUAGCAGAUGAAAUUUCUAGGAAUCUGCAUAGUGUUACAACGCCACCAUUCACCUCAGAGGAGGAAGUGGAAGAGGAUGGCAUCUUGCAGUCUUACAUCUCACCAGAAUUAUCACAGCCCAAAGCAUCCAAGAGCAACAGCAAGAGUGCCUUGUCCAGAUUUGCAAGCCAGAGUGAUAUGAGCUCAUCUGAAGAAGAGGAGGUGGAAGAAAUCAAAGCCAAUCCUCAGCCUUCAAGAAGCAGCCUUAUCCAAAGAGGGACAGAACAAGUGGAAAAGCUUCCUUUGAGCCAAGAAAAGGCAAGCAAGCCAACUGGAGAACUUAAUGUUGGUCCGGAACCCACUGAGCGGUGUACCGAUGGAAUAAAGUUUACAGAUGUUGAGGAUGAGGAUGAUUGGGAUUUCUCAUUUCUGGAAGAUGAAAAACCCUUGCCCGUAAAAGAUGAGAAAACUGAGAAUGUAAAUCCAGUUGAAAAGGACAAUUUAAAUCCUGCAUCCAUGGUCCAUGCAUGGGGAGCUCCAACAGGAAAACCAAAAAAGGAUGAAGGCCUUCAAGAUGUGGAUAAAAGUAGUACAUUAAAAAGCAGUUUAGUCACAGUCACAGACUGGAGUGACUCUUCAGAGAUCUGACUGCUUUCUUGGAAAGAAGAUUUUUUUUAUCUACAACAGUAUGAUUCCUGUUCGUUUUUCUUCUUGUGUGCUAACAAAGAACGUUUGUUUACCAAC